GCUCCCCUGGGAAGCCUCCCUUGAUUGCAACACACAUGCACACACACGCACACAGCCCGGUGUUCAAACAUUACGCGAACCCAUACUGUCCAGUACUUCUUCCACCACCGCUCUCUCCCCAAAGCCUCGUAUGGUGCAUUAAGCGCAAGGCACCGUUGUCCAAUCGUGUAUCUGGUCAUACACCGAGUCCUCUCCACGGAGGAAAAAGAGGGGCAAAGGCACACAAGUAGAAAAGAGCCAACGACCGACAGCCUCGAGGGGACAGUCGGUCCAGCAGACGACGAACGCUCACCGCGACCAUCGAGAUGCACCUCUGAGACCUCCGAAGUCCUAGAGAGGAGACGGAAGGAAAGUUCUCCGUGCGCACCUGGCUGACGGUGUCCGCUACUCACUUCCUGUCCGCGGAGGGCUCGGAGGAUCCCAGAACGCGUGCCGGGCUACCGGGCCGCGGGUUCGCGGGCUCAUUUGUGCUGUCAUCUUCAGUCUUUGGGGAGGGAGUGUGAAGAUGCUUAAAGAGCGUCCAGGGAUGGCGGAAGAUCCUCAGCAUCGAAUGGAUAUUCCUGUGGUGAAACUGGAGAAAGAGUUGCUGUGGGGCAGGGGACAGGAAGAUUCUAGUCCUGAGACUUUUCGUCUGAGGUUUCGGCAGUUCCGUUACCAGGAAGCAGCAGGUCCCCAGGAAGCCCUCAGGGAACUCCAAGAGCUCUGUCGCCGGUGGCUGCAGCCUGAGCUGCACACCAAGGAGCAGAUCCUGGAGCUGCUAGUGCUGGAGCAGUUCCUCACCAUCCUGCCCCGAGAGUUCUAUGCCUGGAUUCGAGAACACAGCCCGGAAAGCGGCAAGGCCCUGGUGGCUAUGGUGCAGGCCUUGACUGACAACACGCUGGACACCAAGGCGGUUCCAUGCCAUGUGCAGGGAGAGCAGCAGGAGACAGUCACCAGCAGAGGUGCUUGGGAGCCAGGUGUCCCCCUGGGGCCAGUGGAUGUGAAGCCUGAGUGGGGGAUGCCUCAUGAGGAAGGAGUUCAAGGCUUAGACCAGAGCACCGAGGAGCAACUGAGCCAGCACCCUGGAGACGGGACCCAGGCCUUCCAGGAGCAGGCACUGCGGAUUCUUCAGGCAGGUCCCAGCCUUCCCUCACUGGGCACCAGAGACCAAGAGAUGACAGCUGGGUUUCUUACAGCAGGAUCGCAGGGGUUGGCGUCCUUUAAAGACAUGGCCUUAGCCUUCCCUGAGGAGGAGUGGAGACAUGUAACCCCAGCCCAGAUUGACUGUUUUGGGGAAUAUGUGGAACCUCAGGACUGUGGGAUCUCUCCAGGUGUUGGGAGCAAGGAAAAGGAGGAAAAAUCCCAGCAGGAAGACCUUAAAGGGGCAUUUGCUGGGCUGACUUCAGAGAGGUUUGGAGAAACGGCUGUCCAGGGUCCUGGCCUGGGACAAGCCUGUGAUCCCCAGGAGCCCACGGCGUCUGGGGGUGGCCUGCCAGUACCUCCUGCUUCCCAGCACAGCGUCCCCCUGCCCAGUGACCUCAAAACUCACAAUUCCUGGAAGCCUUUCCAGUGCCGUGAGUGUGGCAAGGGCUUCAGCCGGAGUUACAAUCUUGUUAGACACCGGCGAACCCAUGAGGAGAAGUCCUUUGGCUGUGUGGAGUGUGGAAAGGGCUUCACCCUGAGGGAGUACCUCAUGAAGCAUCAGAGGACCCACCUGGGAAAGAGGCCCUUUGUGUGCAAUGAGUGUUGGAAGACCUUUAGCCAGAGACACCACCUGGAGGUCCACCAGCGGAGCCACACUGGGGAGAAGCCCUAUAAGUGCGGGGACUGCUGGAAGAGCUUCAGUCGCAGGCAGCACCUGCAGGUGCACCGGAGGAUGCACACUGGUGAGAAGCCAUACACGUGUGAGUGCGGCAAGAGCUUCAGCAGGAAUGCCAACCUGGCUGUGCACCGGCGUGCUCACACAGGCGAGAAGCCGUAUGGGUGCCAGGUGUGCGGGAAGUGCUUCAGCAAAGGGGAGCGGCUGGUCAGACACCAGAGGAUCCACACGGGUGAGAAGCCCUACCACUGCCUGGCCUGCGGGCGCAGCUUCAACCAGAGGUCUAUCCUUAACCGGCACCAGAAGACCCAGCAUCGCCAGGAACCCCCAGUGCAGUGAGGGCGCUGUGUGGAGGAGAGCCCUGCCACACAGGUGUCUUUCAUUUUAGGGAAGUGCUGGGAGACGUGCAGCUGUGGCUGUGGGAUGGUACUGUGGCCCACUUUCUUUCCAUGUGCUGCCAAACACAGGAAGAGAACAAGACCAGCUUUAUCCAGGGCUUUGGGAAGGCACAGGUGCUUGUGCCUUCUGUCCGAGCAGUGGCAAGCUUUCCUUACCAUCUUUUAGGGAAACAGUAUCCUGAGCUUCAGGUCUGCCUGGGAGUUUUUCACCAUCAGGGGGUUGUUCAAAUCUACCUCUUGAACAAGUCCAAUAGCACGGGCAGAAUUUUGUUACAAGUUGGUAACUCCAAAGCUCAUUUUUUGGAGGGUUCCAUCCCGCCUAAAGAUCAUUAGCUCAGAUUCUCUGUCCCCCACCCUACACCCUCUCUUUACCUCCUGUGCUGUUGGUGCUGAGUGUACCAUAGUGAAUGAGAUAGGUGAGACCUUGUCAUGGAACUUAGGCUGUAGUGGAACCACAGGCCCAAAGCAAUCAGUAACCCCAAAUAUACCAGAGUGUGUUUAUGUUGUAAGUACCCCUGGAGAAAAUCUUAUCAUGUGCUCUUAGUCUGCCAGCUGCUUCCGUGCUAGAUCUCACCCCCUACUCCCUGCACCCCUUGGGAGCUUCUGUCUCAGCAGCUUUAUUUUGCUUUAUUUGUAGCCUUUAUCUCUGAUUGUACUGUUCUAACCUCAUCUGUAAUAUUUCCCCAUUCCAUUAUUCUUUGUACUAUAACAACUGUCACUACAUUAGACAUUAUGAAAUUAAUAUUUUGCUAUCAAUCUCUGAAUAAAUAUGAGAAUAUUUUUAAAGAAAUCUUCAAUUCUGUGUAAAGCUGUGAUUAAAUGAGCCUAAAAGAUG